CUAUUGGCACACUCGAUCACUUCGCUCCGAGAAGCGUCUGGAAAAUCAUCAGAGUUGUCUAGACGCAGCAGCAUAAUGGUGACGCUUAAACUGUCAAUUUUAUUCGCGCUAAGUCUGGCAGUGCUGGCCAAUGCUCGGUACGAGCGCUAUGUUUGCCAGGUGAUCGAAGAAGACUGGUGCACGCUGCAGAAAAUCUACAUCACCUCACGAACGGAUUUGCGAGGAAUUCGUUUUCCAGACGAUCAACACGAGAAGAUUCGUAUCGGUCAGUAUUAUGAUUUCGCCAACACGGACAGUGUGAUUAGUAUUUUCUCGGCCGGCUUGUUUCGACGUAUGAGCCGUGUUCGGUACCUUAAAAUGAACGGAGUGCGAAUGCAGGGUUUGGACAUGCCAGACACGGUGCUGGAGUUGGAUGUUUCCAACAACUGGAUCACGCGAGUCUACAUCGACGCCGACCGCAGUUACAGUUUGAGAAAGCUCAACAUGAGAAACAAUCUUGUCAACAGCGUGGCAAGCUUCAAAUAUCUCAAUCAGCUGGAAGAACUCGAUCUGGGCCACAACUUGGUUCACUUGGUGAACUUUGAACUGUUUUCGUUUAUGCCCUACAUAAGGUUGCUGGACUUUUCCCACAACCGAUUGCUCGAAGUUCGACCGGGUAGCAUCGAUUUGAUCCUGUACUAUCUGGAGCGAUUGGACCUGGCAGAUAAUCAGCUAAUCGAAGUCGAUCUGAAACGAUGGUCCUUCCCAUCGCUGCGGAUGUUCAAUUUAACCGGGAACCCGAUUCGGCGGCUGGAUUAUUUCGAAGUGCAGCGGGCUUUUCCCAGACUGUGGCGUGUAACCUAUUGAAAGUGAUGUGAUGAGAUUAUCUUUGCUGAUUACAAAUAGUGCAACUGAAGAAAAUUUUGAUUCCGUGUUAUUAUAAUUGUCGCCAACUG